AAAAACACCAAGUUGGAGUACCCACCUCUGCUAACGAAUGCAAUUCGUGCAUUCAUUGCUCAGGCUUGCUUGCUUGUAAUUUUAUUCGUUUCACUCUUUUGUUUCCAAAUUCAACGCUGCUCACAUCAUGGCGCUCAACUUUCGAGAUGUGGGCUAUGUGGCCGAGGACGACGACUACGGCAUGGGCAGCUCGUUCAGCCCGUCGACCGCCGCCAACGCAACCUCCGCCAUGGCAUCCAACUUGCACCAGCACAGCCUCACGGAUCCCCUCGGCGCAUGGCCCGACGUGCGACCGAGCGGCGGCAGCGGCAGCAGCAGCAGCAGCAUGAGGCCAGACUACAUGGGCGCUUCUGCUGGCUACGCGCCCACCCGCACGCACUACGAGAGCCCUGCCGACGGCUUCGAUGCGGAUGACUUUGGUGGCGCAGACGCAUCUGGCGAGGCUGCCCUGCGCGCUCGCGUCGAGCAGCUGAGCUUGGCCGAUGGCAAUGGCGAAGGCAAGGACGGCCAGCCGCUCGGCGCUCCGUUGACCUUGCAAGCGAUCGAUGCGCACGAUGAGUUGAUGCACGACCUGCCAGAGCAUGCCUGCAAAUACUGCGGUAUUCACAGCCCGGCGUCGGUCGUUUGCUGCCUCAAGUGCCGAAAGUGGUUUUGCAACGCGUCCCAUGGCACCGCUGCGAGCCACAUUGUGCACCAUUUGGUCCGUGCCAAGCACAAGGACGUUGGGCUGCACAAGGACAGCCCGAUCGGCGACGAGAAGCUCGAGUGCUACAACUGCGGCUGCCGCAAUGUGUUUGUGCUGGGAUUCAUUCCUGCGAAAGCCGAUUCCGUUGUCAUGCUGUUGUGCCGUCAACCCUGCGCUGGUGCCGUGCUGAGCAAGGACACAAACUGGGACUUGUCGACAUGGGAACCCCUGAUCAAGGAGCGCGUCUUCCUCCCAUGGCUUGUGUCUGUCCCGACCGAAGCAGAAAAGCAACGUUCCCGCCACCUCAAUUCGUCUGAGGUUCAAAAGCUGGAGGAGCUGUGGAAGACCAACCCUUCAGCGACCUUGGAGGAUUUGUCGCAACCUGGCUUGGACGAAGAGCCCGAGAAGGUGAAAUUAAGAUACGAAGAUGCCUACAGCUACCAGAAUAUCUUUGGUCCCUUGGUCAAGCUGGAGGCGGAUUAUGACAAGCAGACAAAGGAAUCUCAGACUUUCGACGACAUUGUGGUCGAGUGGGGUGUCGGGUUGAACAAGAAGAUUACGGCGCACUUUGUUCUUCCUCGCCAAGACGGCGACUAUCGCACCGUUCACGGCGAUGAACUUCGUCUGCGAUAUGCCGGCGAGCUUGGACGCCCCUGGGCCGGCGAGGGUCAUGUGCUCGUGCUGCCUGGCAGCACGACAGAAGGCAUCACGCUCGAGUUGUGGUCGAGUAACGGCGUCCCGACUCACCUGACGCACAACUUCCAUGUUGACUUUGUGUGGAAGUCGACCACGUUUGAUCGAAUGCAAGCUGCGCUCAAAACGUUCGCCGUGGAUGAAAAGUGUGUGAGCUCCUACAUUUUCCACAAGCUUCUUGGCAAGGAGGUCGAGCUCAAAGACGAGCAUCGCGUUUCUGUUCCCGAAAAUCUGAAUGCUCCCAACCUGCCCAAGUUGAAUGAGUCGCAAAUGUCGGCCAUCACUCGCGUCCUUCGGGAGCCUUUCAGCUUGAUUCAGGGUCCACCCGGCACUGGUAAAACCGUCACGUCGGCAACGCUGGUCUACCACCUGUCCAAGUUUGGACAGGUGCUGGUCUGUGCACCCAGUAACAUUGCCGUCGAUCAGCUGACUGAGCGCAUUCAUCGAACGGGACUCAAGGUCGUCCGCCUGGCUGCCAAGAGCCGUGAGGCGAUCGAGUCCAGCGUCUCCUUCCUUGCCCUGCACAGCCAGAUUCGCAACUCUGCGGCUCACCCCGAGCUCGCCAAGCUGAUGCAGCUUCGCGAAGAGCAGAAUGGUCUUGACGAUGUGGACGAGCGUCGCUUCCGACAGCUCAAGUUUGCAGCCGAGCGAGACUUUUUGAAGAACGCCGAUGUCAUUUGCACGACUUGUGUGGGCGCUGGCGAUCCGCGUCUGGCUCGCAUGCGCUUCCGCGCCGUCUUGGUGGACGAGGCCACCCAGGCAACCGAACCCGAGGCUAUCAUUCCGAUUGUCAUGGGCGCCAAGCAAGUCGUCCUCGUUGGUGACCACUGCCAGCUGGGUCCUGUCGUCAUGUGCAAGAAAGCGGCCAAGGCCAACUUUACGCAGUCCCUGUUUGAGCGUUUGGUCAUGGGCCAAAACCGUCCUAUUCGUCUUGAGAUUCAGUACCGCAUGCAUCCUUGUUUGAGUGCCUUCCCUUCCGACACGUUCUACGAAGGCAGCUUGCAGAACGGCGUGCUCGCGGCCGAUCGUACUCCAAAGACUCCCGCAUUUACCUGGCCGGAUCCCAACAACCCCAUGUUCUUCUGGUCGAACCUUGGGCAAGAAGAGUUGUCUGCAUCCGGAACGUCGUACCUCAAUCGUGCCGAGGCCUCGUCGGUCGAAAAGCUCGUGACCCAGCUGUUGAAAUCUGGCACCAAACCAGACCAGAUUGGUGUCAUCACCCCGUACGAAGGCCAGCGCGCGUUUAUUUUGCAGACAAUGACGGCCAACGGCGUCCUUCGAUCGCAACUCUACCAGCAAAUUGAAGUCGCCAGUGUGGAUGCCUUCCAAGGUCGCGAGAAGGACUACAUUAUUCUGUCCUGCGUGCGUUCCGCCGGCAUCGGCUUUUUGAACGAUCCUCGUCGCUUGAACGUGGCGCUGACUCGCGCCCGUUAUGGGCUCGUGGUCAUUGGCAAUGCUCAUCGUCUUGCGCGGGACCCGCUGUGGAACGAGGUUAUCACUUACUUCCGGAAUCACAAAUUGUUCAUGGAAGGCUCACUGACGGCGCUGCGUGACUGCGGCAUGCGCAUUCCAAAUCCUGAGGGUGUCCGAUUCUCCGCGAGCCGCCUGCGUCGCGCCGUCGACGAGCAGAUCAACCUGCACGGCACGCAUCCAUUCGCUCAGCAGCAAGGCCCAGCUCCUCCUGCUCCGCGGAACUCGUCACGACGCAACGGCGGGCACAAUUCUGGCUUUAGCGCACAACGCUCGACUGCUUCGUCUGGAGGCUUGUCAUCGACCCAACUGCACAGCAUGCACUUUCAAGACCCGAUGCAGGCCGUGCCAAACUGGCACCUGGGACUGGCGCCCUCGUCGACCAUGCCCGUGCCCAGCAUGAUGUUCUCGCAGGGCAGCUCGCAAUUCUCGCAGCCCAGCUACUAUUCGCAGGCCGGAUACUCGCAAAGCUCAUAUUCUGGCGACAGUGCAUACGCUGCCAGCGUUUCUUCCCAAGUCAGCGCGUCGCCUCGUGUGAAGGGCAAAGGCACUGCAUCCAGUGUCUACUCGGCCGCAGCGUCUCAGAUGUCUUCGCUUUCGCAGGACACGAUUGGAUUUUCGCAGACGGAUGAUGGAUAUUGAGCGCGUUCUUGUCGCCUGUGUAUUGGCGCCUUCUUCUAUCAAACACGAGCAUUUGCGCAAACCUGGUUGACACACUGCUGCUGUCUCUCUCUGUGUGUUCGUAAUUCCCUUUUUUUCACAUUCCGCCCUUGGGACGGAUUGGUGGAUUUCCACUCGAUCUCUUUUGGUGAGAGCGCCGUCCCUCAAACCUAGCGCCCGACACAAGCAAGCUUGCCUUUCCCAACGAUGAAUUUUGCUGCUGUCGUUGAUUGUGGCAUUGUUUGUUGUUUUUUCCCCCCUUGUCGGAAUGCAAUUCGUUCUCGUGUUAGUCAAUUCCCAAUACGCUGUUAUCCCAGA